AUGGCCACUACAACAGCAGCAGCUCUUACAACAACAACUGAACCUGCUUCCACAAGCACUACUGCAGCCCCUACUGCAACCACAACAGAAGCGUCUUCUACAACAACUGUAAAAACUACGACUUCCACAACAACAUCCCCUACGACAACUGCAGCUCCUACUUCAACCACCGGAGCUCCUACGGCCACUACAACAGCAGCAGCUCUUACAACAACAACUGAAGCUGCUUCCACAAGCACUACUGCAGACCCUGCUGCAACCACAACUGAAGCUUCUUCUACAUCAACUACAGCAGCUCCGACUACAUCCCCUUCGACAACUGCAGCUCCUACUACCACAACUGCAGCUGCUUCCACAACCACUACUGCAUUAGCUACUGCAACCACGACUGCAGCUGCUUCCACAACCACUACUGCAUUACCUACUGCAACCACGACUGCAGCUUCUUCCACAACCACUACUGCAGCCCUUACUGGAACCACAACUGAAGCUUCUUCAAAAACAACUAUAGCACCUACGACAACCACAACAACAUCCCCUACGACAACUGCAGCUCCUACUACAACUACCGUAGCUCCUACGGCCACUACAACUGCAGCAGUUCCAACAACAACUGUAGCUGCUUCCUCAACCACUACAGCAGCCCCUACUGCAACGAGAAAUGAAGAUCCUUCUACAAUAACCACAACAACAUCCCCUACGACAACUGCAGCUCCUACUACAACCACCGGAGCUCCCACGGUUACUUCAACAGCAGCAGCUCUUACAACAACAACUGAAGCUGCUUCCACAAGCACUACUGCAGCCCCUACUGCAACCACAACAGAAGCGUCUUCUACAACAACUGUAGAAACUACGACUUCCACAACAACAUCCCCUACGACAACUGCAGCUCCUACGGCCACGACAACAGCAGCAGCUCUUACAACAACAAAUGCAGCUGCUUCCACAAGCACUACUGCAGACCCUGCUGCAACCACAACUGAAGCUUAUCCUACAACAACUAUAGCAGAUUCGACAACAUCCCCUUCGACAACUGCAGCUCCUGCUACCACAACUGUAGCUGCUUCCACAACCACUACUGCAUUACCUACUGCAACCACGACUGCAGCUGCUUCCACAACCACUACUGCAGCCCUUACUGGAACCACAACUGAAGCUCCUUCAAAAACAACUAUAGCACCUACGACAACCACAACAAUCUCCCCUACGACAACUGCAGCUCCUACUAAAACCACCGGAGCUCCCACGGUUACUUCAACAGCAGCAGCUCUUACAACAACAACUGAAGCUGCUUCCACAAGCACUACUGCAGCCCCUACUGCAACCACAACAGAAGCGUCUUCUACAACAACUGUAAAAACUACGACUUCCACAACAACAUCCCCUACGACAACUGCAGCUCCUACUACAACCACCGGAGCUCCUAUGGCCACUACAACAGCAACAGCUCUUACAACAACAACUGAACCUGCUUCCACAAGCACUACUGCAGCCCCUACUGCAACCACAACAGAAGCGUCUUCUACAACAACUGUAAAAACUACGACUUCCACAACAACAUCCCCUACGACAACUGCAGCUCCUACUUCAACCACCGGAGCUCCUACGGCCACUACAACAGCAGCAGCUCUUACAACAACAACUGAAGCUGCUUCCACAAGCACUACUGCAGACCCUGCUGCAACCACAACAGAAGCGUCUUCUACAACAACUCACUACUGCAGCCCCUACUGCAACCACAACAGAAGCGUCUUCUACAACAACUGUAAAAACUACGACUUCCACAACAACAUCCCCUACGACAACUGCAGCUCCUACUUCAACCACCGGAGCUCCUACGGCCACUACAACAGCAGCAGCUCUUACAACAACAACUGA